UCCAAUCCUGUCGGAGAGCGUUUGGUUGUGUUUGUGUUGUGCUUUGUGUUGUAACUCGCGUAAUGCGAUAAGAUUGUUCACGAAAGGUUAAUUGGGGCUUGUCUUUUAUUAUCUACGUAACGCUUCUAUAUUCCUCCAUUCGUUGUUGCCAAAACGCAGGUUCGAUCAGGCAGAUGUCUUCAACAAAUACAUACUUGUCGCCAAAUGAAUGUUUGAAAGUCCGUGAAAAAACACUUUAAUUAACUACAAAUAACUACAGCACUCAAAAUACGACAACUGAAAUCAUGAGCAGAACGCCAGCUGAAGGCAUUACUGGGAAUACGUCAGAAAAUGGAAUCCACGAAAAUGGGAGGCCUGCAUCGCACGAACACUCAGACCUAAGUGACAAGAAGAAAGGUGGGUGGCCGAAGGGCAAAAAGCGCAAGAAGGCAGUUCGUGACGUCAAUGCGCCCAAGCAGCCCCUCACCGGUUAUGUGCGCUUCCUGAACGAUAGGCGAGAGAAGGUGCGGUCAGAAAACCCAGCUGCCUCAUUCUCCGACAUUACCAAGAUCCUUGCCAACGAAUGGAGCAAACUUCCACUACAAGAGAAACAGCGGUAUCUGGAUGAAGCGGAAAAAGACAGAGAACGGUACACAAAAGAGAUGGAACAGUACCAGCAAACAGAAGCCUACAAGCUGUUCACAAGGAAACAGAAUGAGAAGACAAAGGUGGAUGAGAAACAAAGCAACGUGAAUGGACCAGCAGUGGCAGAAGUCAUCCAGGCUCCUUGUGACGAUCAUAGGAAAGAUGAUGUACCUGGCUUUGACAUUCCAAUUUUUACAGAAGAAUUUCUGGAUCACAAUAAAGCACGUGAAGCUGAGCUGAGGCAGCUGAGAAAGUCCAACACCGAAUAUGAGGAGCAGAACGCCAUUCUCAGCAAACACAUUGAUACAAUGAAAGCAGCAAUAGAGAAGUUGGAAGUGGAGGCUGCACAGCAGAAAAACAACAACUCGGCCCUACAGCAGCACCUGGCGGCUGUACGCUCAAAGCUUGUGUCCAGUUUUGCCAACAUCCCAUUACCAGGCACUAAUGAGACUCCCACCUUGAGCACUAUCGACAUGUAUAUGAAGACACUGCAUAGUGUCGUGACUGAGCAUCCAAAAGAAAAUGAAGCCUUUGUCUCUACCGUUCGUGACAUUGCAAGCCGCCUUGAGUACCAAGGAUGAAACCUUUCCUGAGAUUGCUUGUAGUUAUCAUUUGCCAUGUUCCGUGACUCAGUGCACAUUGUAUGAAAUGCCAAAAGGUAUACCCUGCACUUUUCGUUCAGGGCAUCCAAAAUUCUGUUUGUAUGUACAGAUCAUCACGAGUCAAGUGUAUUUCCUUGUCUAAUUGUCAUUAAGUGGGUUUUCAUCCUAAUGCGUGCAUUCCUUCCAAAUCUGGUUAAGUGCGUAUACUACGGAAGCACAUCAGCGCUCUGUCUUGGGGGGUGGGGGGUGAACUCUGGUGAUUUUACAGUACGUAUAUGUUGCACAUUUGAUGCAUUAAAAUGCGUACCUUUGCGCAUUUCUAAAUUUCUGGUAGUGGUUCCCAGUAGGGAAAUUUGACGUAUCAAAGUGUACGACACUGUUCUACAUGUACAGCUCCCGUCAAAGUUAAUAAUAACGCUGGAAAAAUGUGGUCUCGUUUCCGAGCGAGAUUACACCAAUCCUUGGGGCCAUGAGGAAAUCUUGAUUGAACGAAAUUAUUCUGUUAGUUUAACGCAAGGAUUUUGUUCACUUAACAUUCCCCCAGUGCCCUCAGGGUGGCCGUUAUCACGCUCGGAAAUGAGACAGAAUUUUGUUUUUUCCAGUGUUAUUAUUAACUUUGGCGGGAGCUGUACACACUAUAAAUGUACGACACAGCUCCCUCAAUGAUUGCACUCGACUAGUGGUUCAUGUAUCUGGUAUCAUAUACAGUCAUGUCUCGCUUAGCCGCACACCUCGGGAGUUGUCCCUUUUCGUCCGGAUAACGAAUUCCUGGAUAAGCGAAUGAAGCAAACUUCUAGGGAAACCUGAAAAUUUAGGAGAUCUCUUUAUUAGAAGAAAGGAAAUAAGGAAAAGAUUGCCCCUGAAAAUUGUUACCACGAAAAGUCAUGCAAAGUGAGCAGCUUGAAAUUAGUAGCCACCUGUGACACGUGUGACGGAAGUUCGCUCACUGCAGUGUCACCAGCUGCUUCACCCUGCCCCGCGCACGUUUUUUAUAUGAGCCCCGGCGCAUCUUCAGUAGCGUCUGUUUUAUCUUCCUUUUGCGACAUCAUCACACUGCACCUUAGCUAGGAUGGCGUCGCCCUCCAAUGGCGCACGGGUGUCUGCUGUGUUCUUCACCGUAACAAAGUUUUCUGCUGUUCUUACUGGACCCUCUGGAUGCAACGUGUAAACAGCGUGUUGAAGCUCAGCAAGAGGGAUGUCGUCUUCAGCUUCAUCUGGUGGGGACGAGCACAAAAGCCCAUAUCGUCGCCAGCAGAGGCCGUUGACAUAUUUCCGGAUAAACUAAUCGGAAUGCGUAGGUAUGAUCUGGACCAUUGGUCCCCAUACUUGUUGUCCGGAUAUGGAUAACGAAUUCUGGAUAACUGAGACAAAAUCCAGUGGUAGCAGGCUCAUUCCCGGUAAUGUAGUCCGGAUAACGAGUUUUCCGGCUAUCCAGAUAAGCGAGUUAUCCAGAUAUCCAGAGAUAUCCAGAUAAGCAAGACAUGACUGUAUCGACGACCAUGUAAAUUUCCUUCUAAAAAGGUGCUAGUUCACACAUUUCAAAUUUAUUAGGAAUCCAUAGACAAUGAAUGAAGUAGACUUGCUUUGUAACCUUUUGUCUCACCACACACUUAAUGUUUUUAGGUUUAACAAUGUGCUGACAUAGCAAUUCUGCCCACAUACUCUGAUGGUAUUGUUAUAACUAAUUUUCAUUGUAUCACACUCUCAUUUGACAUGCCUCAUUGCAGGUAUAAGUCUUACUGAAUCUGUACAUGAUAGCAAGAACUUGAAUGCUGACAACCAGUAGUUACUUCUUGGCACAGGAACAGAAUUAAUUUGAAUGUCACUCACAGUAUAUCAAAGGGAUCUAAUCUGAACGAAUAGCAGUUGACCAUUAUUUGAAAUAGGGCAUUAGCAGAUAUAGUGAACUUUUCUGCAACUCUGUAGUGAUUACACAAACGUAAAUCAGUAUUAAAGUGUUUCACUUUAACACAGCUUCCUCAUAACAAUUCUGGAGGGUACAUGAAUGUAGCAUUACCCUAAGCUGCGUGCCUAUUCUGAUCGUAAAACUUUUUCUUGAUUCCUUCAAUACGCUGUAAUAGUCUGUUCUUUGUUUCAGUGCAUAAACUGUCCACAAGGUUGACAUAAAUUGUGUGCAUGUGUUCUGUGAAGUUGAUUUUGUGUCCAUUCAUUAUCAUGUAUGUUGAUGAUCAAAAAUAAAGCCUCUUUUUGGAGCGAAA